UUCGGCAUAUUCGCCAGUAUAUUAGACUCAUCCUCCCACGCCCAGAUCCCGUCUUCUUGUCUCUCUGUACGACACCCAGCACCGAGCUAGGUACCGGUAACACACGACAUCGACAAGUCAACAAGAAACAACCCCCACGGAUCGUCAUAGUGGGGCACGCCGGACCAACGAGUGGACAUUUCCGUUACGGCAUCCGGGCCCAAGCUCCCGUUUCCGCCAACACUUCCUCUUCCCGUCCCAACUUGAGCUGCACCUCUCUGUCAGGGACCCUUGCCUUCCUCCUACCAAUCGGAAUCCUUCCUUUGGUCUUGAUUCAAAAUGCCCGUCGAAGUCUUCCUCAUCACCGUCGUGCCCUCGGCCGAUACCACCAAAGCCCGCUCGGUCCUCCACGGCUACACCGAGACGCGUCCCGUCACGCACCGUUUCACCCGUGUCCGGCACGUGCGUCGCCUCGACCAAUCCAUCCGGGGCAUCCCCAUCCUGAGGUCCCUGCAGUCCUCGAACCCCAAGCCCGACAGCCUACCGCAAUGGCAGGACCUGCACUCGACGCUGUCUAGGCAGCAAUACAUGCUGACUGAACGUGUCGACGUAACCCAAGACGUCGAGGCCGCCAUGGCUGCUGGUCAGCCGGUGCCCAUGUCGGAGCAGACGCAAAAAUUCGAGAGGAUUCUGCGCUUCGAUGACUUCCCCGACCCUCCCAACCCCAGAGUCCCCAAGACGGUCAUGCAGCGCAAACAAAUCGACAUCGGCGAGCCCGGCCCCUUGCUCGAGCAGCACAUGGCCGAUUCCGGCUUCUCCGUGGCCAACGAGUACGUGGAAGAGACGUACCACUGGUGGGACAACAACAACCUCGAGUUUGUUCUGUGGAGGCAGUACAACGACCUUCCGAAUCCCCCCGCGCCGCUUGUUCAAGUUCCCGAUCAAGCGAACUGGAUGGUGCCUGACAUGAGCAAGAUGGAACCCGUGGCCCCUUUCUGGAUGUUGUAUGUGCGCGCCCUGGUAGAUGCCAAUCCGGUGGACAGGAUGGCGGAGAGAAUGGCGGAGGCGCAUGGCAGGUUGGGAAGGGUGGAGAAGGACCUGGAGGGCGUGUUCAAUUUCAUGGUAUUCGACCGCAGGGCGCUUGAUACGAGGUAUACCGGAGAGGACGAGUAGAAUGCUGAACCUUCGGAAGAUGGUAUCGGUAUGAGUGAAGAGGAAGCUGGAGCCAGAGCCGAAGCGAUACCUCUUGGUGCUAUUUUUGACAACGAGCAACCUGAAACCGAUCACAGCGAAGGAAAUAAAUAUUCAGCAGGAAACCCGAACUAGGUCGGAAGAGUCUCUCAACUGCAGAGAACGGCGUGAACAUCAGCAGCUGGAAAAGGGACCAGCAUUCCACUUUUGUGGGAUAUUGCUACAUGUUAAAAGGUCUUCACUUUGACGGGAACCUUUGCUCACCUUGUAUUUCAGGGAAGGGCAUCUUGCAUGAGCGUUUGGUUAAAAUACCUCUACACUACAGGAUCAUAGCGCCUGUAGCCUAGGAAAAGGGGCUUGACACCAUUCCACGGUCAUAGAUACCUAGUCGUAGAUACUUCUAUCUUUAGCGUAGGGGCACAUUGGCUUGCUCUCAGUAAUGAUAAUCACAGCCAAAC